AAAAGCAUGUGCAUUCUGUCAUUUAUGCGACCGGUCACCGUUCAUCGAUCCCGAUCCAGCAAAACACCAUGCCGUCCUAUCUCAUCACCGGCGCAAGUCGAGGACUGGGCUACACCUGGUUGAAGCACCUCUCCUCCAACCCGCAAAACACCGUAAUCGGACUCGUUCGCGAUAAAUCCUCAACGCAUAGCCAUUUAUUGGCAGAACGACUGACCAACGUCCACCUCGUCAGCGCCGACAUCACCGACCCCAAAGCCCUGCAGACAGCGGCCGAGCAGGUCCGCGCCAUCACCGGUGGGGGCCUGGAUGUGCUGAUCAACAACGCCGCCAUCCUGACCCCGACCAGCGCCUUCACACCGAUCGCGGACCUGUCGCCCGAGGUCCUGGAGCGCGACAUCUUACAGUCAUGCCGCACGAACGUGGUCGGGGUGGCGCACACCGUCAACGCAUUCCUGCCGCUGAUUCGAAGGGGGAGAGCCAAGAAAGUGAUCACCAUCUCGUCCCUGCUGGCCGAUCCGGACCUCGUCCGACACUUCGCGGUGGACAACGCGACGCCCUACGCGAUCUCCAAGGCGGCGGCCAACCUCCUCAUGGCCAAGUAUCAUGCCUCGCUCGCCGCGACGGAUGGGAUCCUGUUCAUGGCUAUCAGCCCCGGCGCCGUGUCCAAGCCCGACACGGCUCCGUCCGAGGGCGAGGCGGAGGGACGACGGCGAAUGGUCGCCAAGCUGCAGGCGUACGCGCCGCAUUUCGCGGGCCCGAUGACGAUGGAGGAGAGUGUGCGUCGGCAAUUGGAGGUCAUCGAGAAUGCGACCGUGGAAACCCAUGGAGGAGCGUUUGUCAGCCACUUGAGGAAUAAACAAUGGUUGUGAGGGAUUGAUCAAUGGAGGGUCACUGCAUCUUUGGCCUGGAGAGACAUGCGUCGUCCCCUCAGGGCGGGGCUUGAAGGCGGAAAUCAAUAUCCGUGGCAGCGGCCGGUAACCCAGCACGCCUUUGGCGAGUAGCACCGAGUGCAGGGCAGGGAAACAGGUCAUUGGGCAGAGAAUCGAAAGAGAGUGCACUACUUAGA